UCCGGAGCCACCGGUUCCCGCCCCCGCCAGACAAUGCCCGUGGAGGAGUUUGUGGCCGGCUGGAUCUCCGGAGCUCUGGGCUUGGUCCUCGGACACCCUUUUGACACUGUAAAGGUGCGGCUCCAGACCCAGACCACAUACCGGGGCAUCAUCGAUUGUAUGGUUAAGACUUACCGCCAUGAGUCGCUUCUGGGCUUUUUCAAGGGAAUGAGCUUCCCCAUUGCGAGCAUAGCUGUGGUCAACUCCGUCCUGUUCGGGGUCUACAGCAACACGCUGCUGGCACUCACAGCGACCUCCCACCAGGAGCGGUGGGCCCAGCCACCCAGCUACACGCAUGUCUUCAUAGCUGGCUGCACUGGAGGGUUCGUGCAGGUCUACUGCUUGGCCCCUUUUGACCUCAUCAAAGUUCGGCUACAAAACCAGACGGAGCCGAGGGCGCGGCCGGGCAGCCCCCCGCCCCGGUACCGGGGGCCUGUGCACUGCGCAGUCUCCAUCUGCCAGGAGGAGGGGCCCCGGGGUCUCUUCCGGGGAGCCUGGGCCCUGACGCUGAGGGACACCCCCACGCUGGGCAUCUAUUUUGUCACCUAUGAGUGGCUCUGCCGCCAGUCCACACCGGACGGCCAGAACCCCAGCUUAGCCACAGUGCUGGUGGCAGGGGGCUUCGCAGGCAUCGUCUCCUGGGCCGUGGCCACCCCCUUGGACGUGAUCAAGUCCCGGAUGCAGAUGGCCGGGCUGAAGCACAGGGUGUACCGGGGGGUGCUGGACUGCAUGGCAAGCAGUGUCCGGCAGGAAGGACUGGGGGUCUUCUUCCGGGGGCUUACGAUCAACAGCGCCCGCGCCUUUCCUGUCAACGCUAUCACCUUCCUCAGCUACGAGUACCUCCUGCGCUGGUGGGGAUGA